AUGACCGAACCAAGAGGGCAGAGAGAGUUGGCUUUAUUUGGUGGCAAAAUGGACCAACUUGGGGGUGAUUUAGAAGGCUUAAUACAGUCACCCAAGAGUGGUGAAUUUAACAGCCAAAUAGAUGACUGGACUUCUGAGGAGGAAGCUCUCUCUGAUUACAAUGGACCAUCUGAUGGAUGCACAGCUUGUGUUGCAAUUGUUCGAAAUAAUCAACUUCUUGUUGCAAAUGCUGGAGACUCUCGCUGUGUUCUCUCUCGGAGGGGUCAUGUGAAGUUUUCUUUUACUUUCCGAAGGGAGAAAAGCGAGAGUACGAUAGAUAAGUGCAUAUGGGGUGAGAAGUACCUGAGAACUGUGCAGCGGUUGAGGAGGCAAUGGACUCCGUAG